GUGAUCGAAACUCGAGGGAUCUUAGUCAGUUAGGUAACUAACGCUACUACACAAUAAUAGUAUGUACUUGUACAUAACUACCUCCACUACCUCACCUUCAGUGUCUGAGUUGUCAUCCGAAUUCUCAGUCGUCACCACGUCCCCACGACACUGCCUUGUCCAAUAUCAAGAUGCGGCGCGUGCUCCUAGCGCCCUCUCCCUCGGACCGCCAUGUGGAUCCCUUGCCGGGGAAUCCGCCCUUCCUGCGCAAAGAGGGGUCGUGUUGGAAGGGGCGGGACGGCUUCCUUCUCUCUCCCGUUUUGGGAACCGGUUUCCUUGGGUUGGGACAGCGGGUAAGCUGGGGGCAUGGGUGCUCGCCCGCGCCCGCGACUCGAGAUGAACGGUUGAUCACUCCCUCCUUCUCAUCAGAUGAACUAUCAGCAGCUCUUCAGAAGGAUGCUUGGUAUUUAACACCGAGAUAUGACGUUAGGCACAAGCAUCCCCCGAGGUUGCUCUUGAGCCUGCGAGAGAGCGCGAAUCGUUGGCUUCAUUCGCCGAGUCGUGAGAACACGGCGGGGGUAGACGGAGAACGCGACAGGGGCAGUCAAAAUUCAAGACCAUGGAAUGGAGCCUUGUACGACCGACCCGGACGUAUCCCGUCUGUGCCGAGGUACCCCCGCGUCAGGACAAGGUGCCGCCGGAUCAAGACGAUGACUGGUUUGGAAGCGGGUGUGACUAAUAUGAAGGUUCAGUCUCUCGAGACUUUUAACUUCGGACCCGAAUGACGAAGACUCGGCAAGAGGAAGAAGAGAGGGAGCAACAGUUUCAAGACGCUAAAUGAUGCGCCGCAGGGAGCCCGCAGACACGGGACUUGGUCGAAGGAAGGGGUCUCCAUGGUACGAAGUCGUCGGUAUGAAUACAGGAUGCGGGUGCCGUGGCAAACGAUCAAAUCA